AUGGUCCAGAAAGAGUUGUUAUCCUCAGGUCUUCGAGACUGUAAGGCCAACCUGACUAGGGUCAAAGAUCUCCUGCCAACCAUCCAAGGGAAUCAGAAGGAAUGUAAUGCUGAUAGGAAGCCAUGUUCUCCUGGCUGGGAGUUCUACAAUGGAUCAUGUUACUACUUCUCUAAAGACAAACUGACCUGGGAACAGAGUCAGUACGCCUGCAUCCGCGAUGGAGGACACCUGGUCAUCAUAGAGAGUAGUCAGGAGCAGGAGUUUAUAAAACAGAGAGUGGUGACACUGGGAAUUGAUCCUUAUGAACACAGCCCCUGGAUAGGACUGACAGAUUACAAGCAAGAGGAAGUGUGGGUCUGGAUGGACAACACAACUCUUAAUGAGAACAUCAAGUACUGGGACUCCAACGAACCAAAUAAUGGUGGGCCUAAAGGUGAAAUAGAAAACUGUGACAGAAUUGGUCAACACUGUCACAGAGAUAACAAUUGUUGGUUUGACUUUCCAUGUGCCGAACCAUCUAACAGAAUCUGUGAGAGUCGUUCAGUCUGUGAAAGUCAGACAGCCUCUCCAUAG